AUGUCAAUAAAGGCCAAUGUUGGUGACUCACAAAGGCUCAAUGGUCUCCAGAUAGGUAUUAUUGCUUUAAAUGUGUUAUUGAGGGUUUAUUCAGCAUUUUUCAUGAUAAUAUCCGACUGUGAUGAAACAUUUAAUUAUUGGGAACCUUUAAAUCUCUUGAUCAGAGGUUUUGGCAAACAAACUUGGGAAUAUUCGCCUGAAUAUGCUAUAAGAUCUUAUGCAUAUUUGAUUCCGUAUGCCAUAGUUACUUAUCCUGUUAAAUUAGUUGGAACAUUUGCCAAUAUUCCUUCAUACUAUCAGUUUUAUUGGAUUCGUCUUAUUGCAUUAUGUGGGUUUACAUGCUUCACCGAAUUGAGGUUAUUUUAUUCAAUAAAUUCAAGUUUGAAUCGUAAGGUUGGUAAUUGGUUCUUAUUCUUAUCGUCUAUAGCUCCAGGGAUGUCACAUGCUGGUGUUGCAUUAUUACCGUCUUCAUUUGCUAUGAACUGUGUAACUAUGGCCACGGCUAAUUCGCUAUUAGCGAUUUCAGAAAAUAAUAUUAGCUACAGCGUGCAUGCGAUUGUAUGGUUCUUAAUUGGGGGUAUAGUUGGUUGGCCAUUCGCUCUUGCAUUAGGCCUACCAUUUGGUUUAUUCAUUUUGAUCCAAAAUAUUAACAAAUACAAUACUCUCUUUUCUCUAAUUAAGGGAUGUGUGUUUGGGUUGGUAUCCAUAUUAAUAAUCAGCACUUCCAUUGAUUCAUGGUUUUACCAAAAAUUCGAUCUAGUUCCUUUGAAUAUCGUCUUAUAUAACGUUUUUGGAGAGCAAGGGGAAGGUCCCGAAAUUUUCGGAGUUGAACCAUUUCAUUAUUAUAUUUUAAAUUUAUUGGUUAAUUUUAAUAUAGUUGCUAUAUUAGGCUAUAUCGGGUUGGUUUUGAAUGUUUUCUUGUUUGGGGAAAAAAAUAGGUAUAAAGUAUUGAUAACCGUUAGCUCACCGUUACUUAUUUGGUCAAUAAUUUUUGGUGGUCAACCCCACAAAGAGGAAAGGUUUCUUUAUCCAAUAUAUCCAUUAUUGAUCUUGAGUAGUUCGUUAUUAUUAACAUUCAUCUUUCCUAUGGUUACCUUCAUGUCUAAGGGAGUAACAGCAAAUAAGAUUAAUUCCAAACAUAUCGAGAAAUUAGUCCAACUAUUAUUUGCCUUUUUAGUUGGUGUAGUAUCCAUUUUGCGGAUAAUCAAUUUAGUGGAAAAUUAUAGUACUCCAUUAUCUGUGCAUAGAGAAAUAUCAGCCUUACCUGUAUCAGAUAUGCCAGUGAAUGUAUGUACUGGACGUGAAUGGUACCACUUUCCUAACUCAUUUUUCUUGCCAGAUAAUUAUCGCUUAAAAUUUAUUAGAAGUGGAUUUGAUGGCUUACUACCUGGUGAUUUCUUAGAGGGAACUAGCUUGAAAACUAGUACUUCUUCUAUUCCACCGAAUAUGAAUAAUAAAAACCAAUAUGCAAACGACAAGGUAAUUAAUUUUGAGGAGUGUUCCUACUAUGUAGAUAAUUCACAAGCUGCAAAUCUUGAAGUUGGUGAACCAAGUAUCAUUGAAAGAAAUGGUGAUGAAUUGAAUGCCAAUGAAGAUUGGUCUGUGGUGCAAUGCCGCAAUAUUAUUAACCCCAGUGGCACAAGUUCAGGAAUAGGUAAAGUACUUUGGAUCCCAGAAUACUUGAGAUCUAUAGUCCCUUAUAACGUUGACUACAUGGACUAUUGUCUAAUGGAGAAAAAAAAGAAUAUUGUAUAA